AUGGAUGCUCAAAAUCAAACUGAAUUCCGCCGGUUGAACUUCCCAUUACAGCUUCUUGAAAAAAGAUCCAGUGGUGGUGAUGCCAACGAUACGGUGGCGCCGCCAACGGACCUCCAAACUGCUGCUAAACCAAAACCAUCGCCACCCAAGAGAGCAUCUACAAAGGACCGACACACAAAAGUCGACGGCCGAGGUCGCCGGAUCCGCAUGCCGGCCACUUGUGCAGCCAGGGUUUUCCAGCUGACACGUGAGCUCGGACACAAGUCAGAUGGCGAGACGAUCGAGUGGUUGUUACAGCAGGCGGAGCCUGCUGUGAUAGCUGCUACCGGAACUGGGACAAUUCCGGCGAACUUUACUUCUCUGAACAUCUCACUUCGGAGUUCGGGAUCCACUAUGUCCGCCGGUCAUACGUCGUACCUUAGAAAUGGGUUCAGCUUCGUCACCAGUCGACCGACGGCGUCGCAAUAUGUGAGUUUUUCAACCUCGGCCGGAAAACAAGACUCGUCGUGUUUAGAUCUACGGAGUAUUCCGACGGGUAUUGCUUCUAGUUACAUGAUGCAAUCGAGUUCAGGGUCGAUCCCAGCGAGUAACACUCAAACACACGCGCCGCAGCCGACGUCGUUUUUGAUGAUGGGAAACCCUAAUAGCAGUACGACUACCGCCACAAGUCACGUAAUUUCCGGCGAUCCUACGUGGAAUUUUCCGUCUGGCAGUAACCAUAACAGUAACGAUGAUAAUAAUGUGUAUAGAGGAAGUUUGGGGAAUAAUUCUAGUGGUGGUGGUGGGUUACAUUUUAUGAAUUUUGGUACACCAAUGGCUCUUUUGCCCGGCCAACAGUACGGUGGCGGUACGGUGGCUGCAAUGGAAGGACAGCUAGGGAUGCUGGCGGCAUUAGCCCCUUUCCGGCCGAUUUUCGGUGUGAGUACUUCCGAUCAUCUCUUAAAUGGGUUGAAUCCGGUGAAUCACUGCGGCGGAGAUCAUGAUCCUCAUCAUCAACAUGAUCAAACAAGUUCCGACGCCGGCCACCAUUCUUAGGUACUGUCGUGUGGUCUGAACCAUUAUAUAUAUAAUAUAUAUAAUCAAUUAAUUCCAGAACCAAAAAAACACAAAC